AUGUUCAUGUAUGGCCGAUUCUGGGCCACUGCAAAAUGUAUACCACUUCCUAAACCGCAUCAAAGUAUAUUCGCAGUGAGACAUUCGUCGACAACAAACUUCAGCGAUGAAAAGCUACGGCAGAUUAUAGAGACGUCCAAAGUUGGGAUAGCGAGGCGAGAACAAGAGAAUAAAACAAAGACGGGGCACACGCCUGCUCCUAUUGAGGAGUCAAAGAAAAGCACCUACAAGAUGCCUCCUUCCACCGAUAAGCUUGAGAGCAACCUUUCCUCGAACAGUAUUUCGACCAAUGAUGCUAACGAGGGAAAGAAACAAGUGAACGCAAUGGCCCAAGCAUUGCAAGCACGUCUUGGAGAAUUACGCGGGACGCUAUCAGUAGUUUCGAAAGCACUAAACGACUUAACAGGCUACUCAGCGAUUGAAAAACUCAAAACCCUAGUGAUUGAUUUUGAAGAGGAAUUACGCCAGGCGAAAAAGAACCUCAAGGCGGCAAAAUUAGAGUAUACAGAAGCAAUCCAGAACCGGUCAGAUAUGCAAAAAGAGAUCAAUGAGUUGUUGACUCGCAAACACAAUUGGAGUUCUGGAGACGUGGAGCGGUUUACAGAGUUGUACAAGAACGAUCAUAUCAAUCAGCAACAAGAAGAGCAAGCUGAAAGGAAGCUUGAGGCUGCCGAGCAGAACGUGGACACCGUGCAAAACCUCCUUACACAGCUGAUCUUGACUCGAUACCACGAAGAGCAGAUGUGGAGUGACAAAAUAAGACAGGUUCUGACCUGGGGCACUUGGCUACUUACCGGAGUCAACGUGCUUCUUUUCAUAGUAGCCGCCUUUUUCGUAGAACCCUGGAAAAGGCGGCGCUUGGUGGAUGCUUUCCAAAAAGAGAUGCAAGUUAAGGUAGAUGCUUUUUCGGAAGAUAUUAAAAAUCUUUCUGGACAAAUCGCUGCGGCCACAGAAGCAAAGGAUGAAAGAACAUCGGUAGAAACACCUCCAUUGCUCGAAAAAGCCGAUUUCUUCCAGUUAAAUUUCUCAAGUAUCCGGACAUGGCUGGAUGCAAAACGUUGGUUUCGUGCUACGGCGAGUGCUUUACAAAAUCCGCAGGUGGGGACGUAUAUGAUGGACAAAACUGAGUUUUGGACAUUCACUGCUGUAUUUGUAGCUGUCGGCUGUACGCUUGGCUCCGCCUUGUCAUAUGCAUUUCUCUCCUACAAAUAG